AUGGACUAUCCUUUGAAGUUACAGCAAAGUUGGUUGGAAGAUGAAUAUACGUCGAUCCUAUCGUCUACUCCUCAUGGUAAGAAAUUCACCAAUUCAGUUGUAGUGAAAAAUUUCGUUACCUCUCUCUUGAUCAAAUCAACGCCCAUUCUAUUUGUAGUGAGAUUCCUAAAGAUAACUUCUGACCUUUCUGUGGUAGCAAUUCUAUCAGACUCAAAGCAUUUGAUCCAUGGUAUCAUUCCUUACAAAACAUGCAAGGAAUUCGAGUACAAGUAUGGCAAGAGGAUCACCUUUGAAAUGUCCGGCACAUUGAUACAAUUGAAGAAAGCAGACUUCCAAUUUGCAACCAGUCAGCAAUUGCAAGAAUUGGGUAUGGAACCCCUGAAAGCUGUGAUAACGAUUCAAAUUAACGAGCUACUGGUGUUUCAAAGAGACCAGGUAGAAUUAAGCUGGAUGGCUGCCAAGCAUUUACGAUUCUUAUAUGAAGAUGUAGUAGUAGCCAAUGAGAUGGACUGUACUGAAGAAGACGAAGUCACCUCAAGCUGA